GAGGCCGCCAAUGGGCGGAUCGCAGGACGCGAGGCGGGCGCCGCGGAGGAGCUCGGGGCUCGACCGGCCGCGCCUGGAGCGCGCGGGGUUUGAGGCGUCGCUCGGGCAGCCCGCUCCGCCCAUGGCCUCCGCGCUGGAGGACCCGGUCUUGAUCCGUCCCCUCAGAGGCCACGGGGCGGCGGUGACGGGCGUCGCCUUCAGCGCGAGCGCCGCGGAGCUCGCUACCUCUUCUUUGGAUAGGAGUCUUAUGAUAUGGAAGCUGAAGAAACAAUGCAGAGCUUACAAGUUUGUAGGUCACAUGGAUGCUGUGACCAGCGUGAAUUUCUCACCAGAGGGGCAGCUACUUGCUUCAGCUUCUCAGGAUCAUACUGUCAGACUGUGGAUUCCUUGCAUUCAUGGUGAAUCAUCAGUACUGAAAGGUCAUACAGCAUCUGUCCGUAGCGUAAGCUUCUCACAUGAUGGCCACCUUCUAGUUUCAGCAUCCAAUGAUAAAUCAGUUAAAAUAUGGAGCGUUCAACGUCGGCGCCUUUUGUUUUCACUGUUUCAACACACUCACUGGGUUCGCUGUGCCAAAUUUUCACCUGAUGGAAGACUAAUAGCAUCUUGCAGUGAGGACAAAUCUGUGAAGAUCUGGGAUACAAUAAAUAAAACAUGUAUUGAUAGUUUCAUAGAUUACGGAGGGUUUCCAAAUUUUGUAGAUUUCAACCCAAGUGGUACAUGUAUAGCUUCUGCAGGUUCUAAUCAUACUGUGAAACUGUGGGAUAUUCGAAUGAACAAGCUGCUACAGCAUUACAAAGUUCACAGAGCAGAAGUUAACUGUGUAUCGUUCCAUCCUUCUGGUAACUAUCUCAUCACUGCUUCUACUGAUGGCACCCUUAAGAUUCUGGAUCUCUCAGAAGGAAGACUUAUUUACACACUCCACGGACACAAGGGACCUGUCCUUUCUGUGGCCUUUUCAAAAGGUGGUGAAAAAUUUGCCUCAGGUGGAGCAGAUGGUCAGGUAUUACUGUGGAAAACCAACUUUGAUUCAUUUGAUUAUAAAGAAGUUCUUAAACAUCACAUUAGAAGAAUACAGACCGAUGACCCUCCUCAUCUUCUUGAUAUUUACCCAAGAUCACCUCAUCUCCAUGAUGAAAAACUUCAGUCAGUUGAGGUCAACCCUACGUUUGAUGUGGCUGAUACACAAACAGUUGACCCACCUGUUGUAGAGAUUAGUUCCUCUCCAUCUUUUGGUACUCUGGAUGAUGUCAGCAAUGAAGAUUUGCAGUAUCCCUCUGCUUCGGUGUUAGCAACAAGUUCAAAGAGGAAGUCUGAGAAUGAGAGUGAAUCAGUUAUGCAUAAUGUGGACAAGAAAAUAGGCAUCUCCCCAUCCCUGGGUAAUGCUCUGGAGAACAUUGUGGAACAGCUGGAUGUUUUGACUCUCACAAUUUCAAUCCUGGAACAACGGCUGACUUUGACUGAAGAUAAGUUGAAAGAAUGCUUAGAAAAUCAGCAAAAAAUUUUACCUCAGGGAAGACAGGAAGAAUAAAAGAUGAAAAUGAACUGCAUUGAUUAGUAUGUUUUGUAUUUUCACAAGGAAAUAAUAAAUUUUGCUUCAUUAGAUUUAACUAUAAGUGGAAAAAAAUUCCUUUUCUGCUCAUCUAUGUAAUAAAAACUGAAGAAAAAAAAUUGUAUUUUAAACGUUGGUAGCAAGCAGACACUUUGGUUAUACAUUUAGUAAAGUGUAGCCUAGCCAAAAGUAAUAUCAGCCAAAAGUAGCAUCAAAAGUAGUAUCCAACUGAAUGUUUUUAAUUACAGGACUCUUAUUUCAGCCUAAUAAGAUCUUUAAAUUAAACAACAAGAUCUAUGUUUUUAGAUAAAAAACACUUGCCAUGGAAGUGAACUAUGCAGAUUUUUCAACUCAGGUAGGGGCUGUGAAAGCAAUGCUCAUUGUUCUAAGGCAAUAUUACUCUAGCACACAAAUUAAAUGAGGUCCAAGUACCCCUAUCUGCUUAAGUGCUGGAAGUUUUCUUUGUCUCUUAUGGACUGUCAGAUAUUUUACCAAUAGCUUAUGACAGUUACUCUUCAUCUUCUACAUAUUUUAGUGAUGACUGCAAGAAGAUCUAUUGUAAUAAAUUUUAGUUACAAAUAUAAAGUCAUGUAAAUGUUGAAACAAUGAUUGUGUGCGUGAAUUCAGAUGCAGGACAUGUGGUGUUGCACUUCUACUCAUCCAGCAGAAUUCAUUUUUCAUUUUUAGUAAAAUAAGAACUAGCUCCAUAUUUCUGAGGAGCAUAUCUGAACCAAGCACACAGUGACUCAAAGUCUCUAUCACAAAUACAAAAGAUCCCCAUCCUCCAAGGACUUCCACAGGUGCUCACGUUUCUUGUGCUAUGAAUUCUCCUCAUCAUUUAAUGCAUUAUGAAUUAAGCCACAAUCAUUAAAGACAUUGUGAGUCAGUUUGCCAUGUAUAAUGAAUUUUGGUUUUAUUUGUAAUAAAAAUGCAAUUUUUAGAAAGGCAUAAUUGUAGGUAUUGUUCUUCAGUAGAGAACAUCUCUGCUUCUUUAUGUCUACCUAUUACUUUUUUAAAUGGCAAUUUAAACACCUUUUGUAUAUCCACAAUCAAAAGUAAGUAGUCAUCCCUUUCUGCAACUUCACAUUUUGUAGGUUGAAAAAAUAGGACACUUGAAAUGGGGGGAGCAUCUUAAUCCAAUUCUGCAACUGACUGUAUAUAGAUAAAGCCCAUUUCCCAAGCUGAGCCUCAUUAACAUCAAUAGAAUUCAGCUUAAGUACAGGAGUACCAUGCAAACACCACUGCAGUUGGAGCCAACAUAAUGAGCAGUCAAAUGUUCUUUUAUAACUUUUUAUUUUCUCUUAUAAUACACCUUUGGAUAGCCAGAAGUCAUAUCAGUUAGUAAUUAGUAAACGCUGAAUUUUGCCAACAAGUGCCACUUAUUUUCAGCUCAGCUUUAAAUAGUGCUGUAUAUUGUGAAGGAACAACUUACAAGCUUUCCAGAUAUGACUAUUUCUAUGCAACAGCCUAUGCACUGAUUUUUUAGUGGAAGGAUAGUCUUACAUAUUCCAAUGUGUGCAGCCUGACCUUUGAUUAUGCAAUUGUUUAUAACGCUAUAUAAUGCAGAGUUAUGUAAAUACUGUCUUUUAGGUCAGAUGUACUUUGUUGUUUUGCAUUUGGAAAUAUUCUUGUGGUCUUUGCCUUUUCUUGGUUUCAUUACAAGGCACAAAACCAUGAAGCUGUUAAAAACUUGGGCUUAUUUCUUGUCUUCUUUUAAUGGACUACAUAUUUUUUUAUUUCUGUAUCAAUUGGAUUUUUUUUUUGUUGUUAAGCUUUUCAGGAUUAUUUAUUAACAACAUAUGAAAAAACAUUUUUUUUUUACAUUGUAUUUUAAUAAAAUCUCUGCUUCUGUCUUCCCUUCUGCCUUAACUCUGCCUUCUUCCUUUUCAGUAUGUAUACAGUGGGAGCAUUUAAUACUUAUGUGUGUGAAUCUGGUGAAUUAAUGUAACAUUCACAAAUUAAUGUAUAUUAUUUUCAUUCGAUCAGGUAGUCUGUUGAUACUGAAAUGCUCAGAAUGCCUGACACCUGGGAUAUCUGUACAAUUAGAGUUGAUAGUUUGAUAAAAGUGUGGAGAUAUUUUCCUCAAGCUGUGAGAGCUCUCCUAAAAUAAAACCAAUACCAGCUAACACGUUUUUUCAAAGGAACUUUGACAUGGGCUAUUAGCCUUUUUUUCUUGAUCCAUAUAUGUAAGGCUACAGAAUAAAAAACUUCCUUUCAAAGUGGCUGAAUUAGCUGCUUAAACUCUUCAAAGCAAGUAUUCUCAGUACUGCAAGGGUGGCUGAAUACCAGUUAAAAAAAAUAAUAGUUGUGUCUGAAUGGCAUGCUUCAAAGUGUGGUAGGUCCCUGAUGUUUGUGUGUGAGCAUGGCAGAAAAAAUAGCCCUGCCUGAGUCCCCUCGAAGAUUUGCCGGGGGAACAGAGCUGCAAGUUCAUAAAGUUUCAUAGUGUUAGGAAGUAGCUUAGCAACUCAUCUUAGAUAAUUCUGCUGAGAUUUCCAAUCAAAGCAAAAAAUGCUUUGUGCGAAUUGAAAGAAAUGCUGUUGGCUGCUGCUGUGUCUUAAGUUCCGUUUGUAAUUCCUAUCAAAGUUUAGUCAUUAAUUUUAAUGGAGUUCCUAUCCCAAGCAUGGUGUACAGCAUGAUACUGAAGCAAUCAAAGUAUUUUUCUGAGUUUUUUACUUUGGAUAACCCCAUGUCAUCUCUUUUGAAGCACAUGUAGAGGUACCGGACUCUCACCAUGGGCUAGACACCAAGUGGCUCAUACUGCAACAUGGGCCUGGAAGGCACUUCUUCUAAUAUAAAUGUACAGGUUUUCAAAUGCCUAGGCAAAACCAGGCUGGAACAUUAAUCUAUGCCAAUAAUCAAUUGUGCAUUAUGGACCAGCCUGACAACUCAAACACUAUUUUGGGUUUUCUCUCAC